AUGCGAGCGCGAAGAGGAGUGCAAUACGCUUAUAAAGACCACACGGCUGACAUUCAGAUACACGCCUGGGGAUGCGAUCUCGCUGAAGCCUACGCCUGGGCCGCGCUGGCGAUGUUUGAUUACAUGACCCCGCUGGAGGACUGCGCUCGAGUGCGGACGACGCGAUUCAAGGAAAUACGCGCGAGCGGGCAUGAUUUAGACACCUUGCUCUUCGCAUUUCUCGACGAGCUUUUGUUCACGUUUCACACAGAGAUGCUCAUAUGCACGGCGGUGCAAGUUUGCGAGUUCAAUCGAGACGAAUGGAGUAUUCGAGCAGUUGUGGGCGGGACGACGUUCGUCGACGGUGAGACGCGUCAAGGCACGGAGAUUAAAGCCAUCACAUACAGCGCGAUGAAAAUCAUAGAACGAGGCGAGAUUAGCAAAGACGAUGAAAGCACCGGAGUACAUCGCGCAGAGUUGUUCGUCAUCGUUGACAUUUAG